UGCGUCACUGAAUAAACCCUUAAACGAAAGUAAAACUCAGCUGCUCCACUUUGUUACGAGAGGAAAAUAAAAUAUUUCAGGAGUAAAAGCUAAAGCUCUGAUAUAUAAACGCUCUAAAUGAACACGUUUAGAGUUAAUAUAAGGAGUUUUGUUGGUUUGUACUGACAGGCCUUAACGAAAGACGAGAGAAUGAUGGAGGGAAAGACAUCAGACUCACCAGAACCCAGCUGUGUGUCCAUGAAGAGUGACCAGUCAAUGGAAGAACCAAUUCUCUUCAGAGACAGAGACAGUUCUACUGACGUGAGAAUGAUGGCGGGAAAGAGAUCAGACUCACCAGAACCCAGCUGUGUGUCCAUGAAGAGUGACCGGUCAAUGGAAGAACCAAUUCUCUUCAGAGACAGAGACAGUUCUACUGAUGUGAGACCACAAAAGAAGAAAUCAAACAUCAGCAGAAAUCAGCUGGACUCCAUAUUCAAGGAGCUGGAACACAAAGUCAUCACUCUGAUAAAGAAUGAGAUGAAGAGGUUUAAGAAGCUCCUGAGUCCAGAUUACCCAGCAUGCACUGAGAGAGAGGUGGAGGAUGAGGAGGAUCUGCACAGUGUCAGAGAGGGAGCUCUGAAGAUCACACUGCACUUCCUGAAGAACAUGAAGCACACAGAUCUUGCUAACACACUGCAGAACAAACUCGCCUCGGUGUAUCAGCCAAAGCUGAAAUCCAACCUGAGAGAGAAGUUUAAAAGAAUUAAUGAAGGAAUCUCACAGCAUGGAAGAUCAGCACUUCUGAAUGAGAUCUACACAGAGCUCUACAUCACAGAGGGUUGGAGUGGAGAUGUCAAUAAUGAACAUGAGGUGAGACAGAUUGAGACAGUGUCCAGGAGACCAGCAACACAGGAGACACCCAUCAACUGUAAUGACCUCUUUAAGGACAAGUCCAUCAGAACUGUGCUGACUAAAGGAGUUGCUGGAAUUGGAAAAACAGUCUCUGUGCAGAAGUUCCUUCUGGACUGGACUGAAGGAAAAGCAAAUCAGGACGUCGCCUUCAUGUUUUCACUUCCCUUUAGAGAGCUGAAUCUGAUGAAGGAGAAAAAUCUCAGUCUGAUGAAUCUUCUUCAGCACUUUUUCCCAGAAAUAAGAAAACUAGAAUCAAUAGACUGUGACUCCUACAAAGUGUUGUUGAUCUUUGAUGGUCUAGAUGAGUGUCGACUUCCUCUAAAUUUCCAGAAUAAUGAGAGAUUGUGUGAUGUGACAGAGUCAGCCUCAGUGGAUGUUCUGCUGACGAACCUCAUCAAGAGGAAUCUGCUUCCCUCUGCUCUCCUCUGGAUAACCUCUCGACCAGGAGCAGCCAAUCAGAUCCCUCCUGAGUGUGUAGACCAGGUAACAGAGGUACGAGGGUUUAAUGAUCCUCAGAAAGAGGAGUACUUCAGGAAGAGGAUCAGUGAUCAGAGCCUGGCCAAUAAAAUCAUCAGACACAUGAAGUCUUCGAGAAGCCUCUACAUCAUGUGCCACAUCCCAGUCUUCUGCUGGAUCUCAGCCACAGUUCUAGAGAGAAUGUUGGGUGAAGCAGAGAGUGGAGAGAUCCCCAAGACUCUCACUCAAAUGUUUACACACUUGCUGAUCUUUCAGAUCAAACACAAGGACCAAAAGUAUCAUCAGAAAUGUGAUCCUGAUCGUCAGCAGAUCAGAGAGACUAUCCUGGCACUGGGAAAACUGGCUUUCCAGCAGCUGGAGAAAGGAAACCUGAUCUUCUAUGAGGAAGACCUGAGAGACUGUGGCAUUGAUGUCAGAGAAGUGUCAGUGUACUCAGGAGUGUGUACCCAGAUCUUCAGAGAGGAAUUUGGGCUUCACCUGGGGAAGGUGUUCAGCUUUGUACAUCUGAGUGUUCAGGAGUUUCUGGCUGCUUUAUACGUGUUUUUCUGCUUUAAUUUUAGACAGACAAAUGUGCUUGUGGGGCAAAGCACUGGACAUUCUAAUUUCUUCAGAGAUCCAAACAUGUCUGAUCUCCUCAGGAGUGCAGUGGACAAGGCCUUACAGAGUCAGAAUGGACACCUGGACCUGUUCCUCCGCUUCCUUCUGGGUCUCUCACUGGAGUCCAAUCAGACUCUCUUACGAGACUUAAUGCCACAGACAGGAAGUAGCUCUCACAACAAACAGGAAACAGUGGAGUACAUCAAGGAGAAGGUCAGGGAGAAUCCAUCUACAGAGAAAUCCAUCAAUCUGUUCCACUGUCUGAAUGAACUGAAUGAUCAUUCUCUAGUGCAGGAAGUACAAACUUAUAUGAACAGAGGAUGUCUCAGUGGAACCAGACUCACUCCUGCUCAGUGGUCAGCUCUGGUGUUUGUGUUACUGACCUCAGAAAAGGAGCUGGAUGUGUUUGAUUUGAGUAAAUAUGAUCAAUCAGAGGAAUGUCUUCUGAGACUGCUGCCAGUGGUCAAAGCCUCCAGAAAAGCUAUCUGCCCUCCAACACACAAGAGAGGAAACAUCCUGGACUUGGUCUUCACCUGCCCUUCCCCAGCUACAGACAUAACUGCUACCCCACUUCACAUCUCUUGGUAUCCUUCACUAUCAUUCUCCCUGUCUUACCCAAACGUAACUCCCAGCAUCCCUCUCUCAUCCGCCGGAACCUGCACUCCUAUCUCUCCUUCCUCUUCCCCUUCCUGCACUCUUUCAUCUCUUCCUGACUAUGACUCCUUUUCCUCCCUACCCCUAGACUCAGCUACAGACACUACUCUCCUCUCUUUCAUCAACCAUGGACCUUCUCUGCGCUUUAUCCACUAAACGCAUGAAGACUUCUUGUCCUGCACCUUGGCUGUCAGAUAUGCUUCACAACAAUCAGAGAGAACUACGAACAGCAGAGAGGAAGUGGAAGAAAUCUCGACUGGACCCAGAUCUCACCUCUUAUCGUAUGCUUCUGUCCAGAUUCUCUUCGGACGUGACUUCUGCCAAGACUUCCUUCUGCAAGGAAAAGCUUGAAGCUUCUGCACAAGAUCCCCGAAAGCUCCACAACAUCUUCUCUGCUGUACAACAUUAGAAGGAUUCGACCAUUCCUAUCCACACAGGCUACUCAAGUGCUUGUUCAGUCUCUGGUUAUUUCGAGACUGGACUACUGCAACUCUUUACUGGCAGGUCUUCCUCUGAAUGCAAUUCGUCCACUGCAAAUGAUCCAAAAUGCAGCUGCACGGAUUGUUUUCAACCUGCCUAAGUUCUCCCACACCACCCCACUGCUACGUUCCCUCCACUGGCUUCCGAUAGCUGCAUGCAUCAGAUUCAAAGCACUUAUGCUUGCCUACAAAGUCAAGAAUGGGCCACCACCAUCUUACCUCAAAGAUCUUAUUACUCCUCGCACUGUACCUCGCUCCCUCCGAUCCACUAGCACUGCCCUGGUCCCACCAUCUCUCAGGACAAAAGGUAGGUAUUCAUCUAGACUCUUCUCUACUCUACUCUACUCUUCUGGCACCAAGGUGGUGGAAUGAACUUCCCCUAGAUGUCCGUACAGCAGAGUCUCUGACUAUCUUCAAACGACAUCAAAGACCUACCUUUUCCUAAAGCACUUAAACUAGCUCUUAUCUUUCCCUGUUUAUGUAUUGUUAUAUGUUUAAAAUAAAUAAAUAAAAAAUUUUUAGGCUAAUGGUAUCCUAAGACUGUAACCUAUUGAACCAGUGUUAAUGUAUUCAAUGAUAGGGAGUUAAAGCAUUUUUGUAUGUUGCUCUGGAUAAGAGAGUCUGCCAAAUGCCAGAAAUGUAAAUGUAAAGUACGACUAGUAUUGGCAUGUUAUUAACUGCUAGUGUACAGCUCUAUAAUUCUUUAUUUUAUGUAAUAAAAUGCACUGGAUCUGCAGUGUUGGGUGUAGAAACUUGAACACAGAUGAGAGUGUAGUGUUUGUAGGCUGCUCGCUCUCACCUGUGUGUGUUAUGUACAUCACCUAAUGGUCUUAUAAUAAAUUGUAGCUGAGAGAUUGUGGAGUUCAGAAAGACGUCCCUGCUCCUGUAAAUGUCCUGAUGUGGUGUCCUGUCCUCUGAUUUCUGCGUGUGAGAGAAACACACUCACAUUUCUGUUACAGCUUCAACUUUAGCUGGAUUAUGGCUGUGUGUGUGUGUGUUUGAGAUCAGUGUUCU